AUGUCCGCGACCCCUCCUCCUCCCCCGCAGUGGGUGCUUGACCUCAAUUCGACGCCCGCAUCCAAACCGAAGAACGCAUCGCUCGCGGACCCGCCAGGCUACACACCAUCUCUGUCCAGGAAGGAGCGUUCCCAGGCAUCAAAGACUCAGAGGCAACCCCCGACACCCGAAGAGAUGGACACACUCAAGAUGAAGAAGGCUUGGGAGGUUGCCAUCGCGCCUGCGAAGCAACUGCCUAUGAAUGCUUUUGGAAUGUACAUGACUGGAAACACGCUGCAAAUCUUCUCCGUCUUCAUGGUCUUCACCCUGUUCAAAACCCCUGUGCUUGCUGUACUCGGCCUCCAACGCACCUUCGCCCCCUACGAAACUCCCGGCACCUCUGGACGACUCCUCGGUGUCAAGAUGGCUUACAUUGCUUGCAACAUGUUGAUGUUGGCAUUGGGUAUAUGGAAGGUUAAUGCCAUGGGACUUUUACCAACGACAAAAUCAGAUUGGCUGGCUUGGGAGAGUGAGAGGAUAUGGUCAGAAAGAGCGGUGCCCAAGGAGUGGUUGUAG